UACGCAGUAAUUUAAUUCAAUGAAAAUACAUGUACCUUUACAUGUAUGUUUUAAUAUUGUGAAAAUAAAAUUGUAAUUUAAGAAAAGGAAAUAAAAAUAAAUUUGUGUCAUUAAAAAAAAAAAAUAUUUUUUCACAAAUUUGCAAACUAAAAAACUAAGGAUAUCAGUUUUAUUCUUUAAAAAUUUUUGUUUAUAAAAAAACUUAAUAAAACCGUUAACUAAAAAUAUGUAUAUAAGUGUAUUAUGAAAUUAUAAAUAAUUUUUAUACCUAAUACAAUUUGAUAAAAAAAUAAAAUGUAAUCAAACAUCGCAUUAUAAAUAAGUCGCGCCCCUAUCAGGAAAAAUAAUCAACUUUCUCAGAUAUAAGUACAAUUAUUCAGAAUAAAGUGUGAUGUAAAUAAAUUAUUUACUGAAGGAGGAAUACAAAAACAAAACAAAAAAAUAUCAUUACUUUUUAAUUGUCUUAAAAAGAUUGUCAAUUUAAUUUAGUGUUAGAAAAUCUGAAUGAGUUUAAACAGUAUAACAAUUAAAUUAAAAUUAUACAAAAUUUAAUUUAAAAAAAAAUUUUUUUUGUAUGUUGAACUAAAAAAUCAUAAGAAUCUAUUAUAAUUAUUGAAAUUUAAUUUAUGAAUUUUAAUAAAACUGAUAUAAAAACAUUUUAAUAAUGAUUUUAUCAAGCCGACGUAAAAUGUUUUCAAAUAAUAGAAUGUCAUUUUUAAUUUUAAUGGCAUUUUUUAUAUGUUUACAACUUUCAAACCGCAGACAAUUUGUUAGCGGUGAUGAAGAAGUUGCUAGUGAUUUAAGUGUAUUACCAAUACAAGUUGAUCCGAAUUUUAAAAAUUUUAAAUAUAUUGGUAAUAAAAUAAUACCAGAUGUAUCAACUAUAAUGAAAAUAAAUGAACCUCAUUUAAAUUAUUUAAAAGAGUUUUUGAAAGGUAUCGGUUUAGCUGAUUUAGAAUAUGAAGGAUAUCAGAUUGUCAAAGAUGUUCCGUUUACUAUAAUUGUUCCAAAAAUCGAUGUCGCAAGUAUAGAAAAAACACGAUUAAAAGAUUUAGCUUUAGAGCAUUUAAUCCCAGGCAUUGCAUUUGGUGAAUUUAAUACGGAUGAAUUGUAUGGUAAUAUGCAUGGACAUAAAAUUCAAUUUAAUCAUGUCGACUUAAGAUGGACACUAAAUGGUUUAAAAGUAAUACAAAAAAUUAAAUUUAAUGAAAAUUUAACAGUAAUAUUUGUUGAUGGAAUUCUUGCCGAUAAAAAAUCAGCAUUUUCAAAGAGAAAUAUUCAAGAACAUAAUAGCUACAAUGAGCCGCAAAGACUAGAAAUGAAAAAUACAACAACUAAAAAUGAUGUAGCAACAAAUAAAGAUUCGACGAAAUCAAGUCCACUGAUGGCAUUUUUAUCAAGUAUGAAAUCAGGAACAAAAGUUUUUCAACAUUUUCUUUUAAAAAGUAAUUUAACACAAGUAAUGGACAAUAACCGCUUUACAAUAUUAAUACCAGCUGAUAGUGCAUUUCAACGAUGGCAUCCAAUAGAUUGGGGCUUUUAUCCAUUUAGUGUACAAGAAUUUACAGAAAAUAUUUUACGAAAUCAUUUUAUACCAUCAUCAGCAGUAACUCCAACAAUACCAAUGAAAAUUUUAACAUCAAGAGAAAUAGGAUCAGAAACGGAACCUAUUUUACAUAAUCCAUUGAAAAUGUCGGAUAUAAAAAAUAAUGAUAAAAUUUUAUUGAAAACUUUAGGUGGUGAAACCGUUGUAUUUAGAAAUAAUCCAUUUCCAUCUGUUAAUAAUGUAACAAUACUGAGUGAUUACACACUACCUAAUGGAAAUCAAAUAUUUAUUAUAUCAGAAGUUUUAUUUGUAUCCGAAGCUGUAGUCUCUAAACUACAUCAGAUGCAUAAAGAUAAAGAAACUCCACCAUUAUUAGCAUUUCCAUGGUUUGGGGCACAAUUCUUAUCACAUUCAUUCUUGGCACUUGAAAGAGAUUCAAGAUUUACACAAAUAACAAGAUAUUUAAAUAAUGCUGAAAUAGCACCUUAUGUUUCUGGAGCAAAUUACACUUUUUUUGUGCCGGAAGAUAGAGCUUUUAUAAAAAAUGGAUUCAAUAAUAUACCAGAUGAAGUUCUGGCAUCACAAAAAGGUGUAAAAAUGCUAUUAAAUCAUUUUAUUAAAGGACGUUUAUAUGAACGUGAUUUAAAAGAUGAUGAAGUAUUUGAAACAAUCGGUGGUGGUUUAAUUAAAGUACAACGAAAAGCUGGAAAUAAUGUUACUGUUAAUAUGGCUAAAAUUAUAGAAAGUGAAGUUUUUGUUUACAAUUUAGGUACAAUGUUUUACAUUGAUGACAUAUUAUAUGCUGAAAUGUUAAGAAAUUAUGAUUCAACAAUAUCAUCUAAAACACCAUCAGUAUCAACUGUAAUUCCAUCAUUAUCAUCUCCAUCAAUAUCAACUACAGCAUCAUCAAUAAUAAAUAAUAAUAAAGAUGGUACAAAUAGUGUUACAUCAAAUAAUUUUAAUAUAUUCUCACCAACAAAUAUACCAACAACAUCAGCUGAAGUUGAAAUAGUACCAAGUGAACUUAUAACAGAAAAUACUGCAACUGAAAGUGAUAUAUUAUUAAAUAAUGGUAAAGGACGUAUUCCAAUUGAUCCCAUAUCAAUAGAAGAUGAAUUAGAUGAGGAUGAAAUAAUAACACCAAAAGCAUUACCAGUUAGAUUAACACCAAAAAAAUGAAAUAUUAUCAUGGCAUUAUUAUUUAUAAAUCAAUAAAAUAAAUUUGUGUUUAGGUUUUAUAUAAUAUAGUAUUGAAAAAAUAUUUUAAUAUUAAUUCAUUUUUUAAUUAUAUUUUUUAUUUUAAAGUAUACUUUUAAAGAAAAUAACUAAUUUUUUUUUUUUCACUUUACGUACAUAUAAUCAGAAUUGUAUAAAUGAAUUUAAUUAGAAUUUUUUUUAUAUUCUAUAAUAAUUAUAAUUGUAUUGAUUAUAUUGUUGCAUUACUUAUUAAAUGUUUUGUAUUUGUUGAAAUUCUGUCGAAAACACUAUAAAAAAUGUUAUUAUUUAAUCUAGUAUUCUCAAGUGUAUUAAAUGUAUUAAAAUAUUUAAAGGUUACCAUAGCUUAUUUAAUGUUUUGUGUAAUGCACAGUAAAAUGUCGCGUUUAUAACAAAUUAUUAAUUCAAUAAUCAUUGUCAAAAAAAAAAAUAUUAAAUGUUUAUUUUCUAUCAUUUUAUUUCACUUUACAAACCUUCAUCUUGAAAUUCUUAAAAAGUAUACUCGUAAAUUAAAUUAUGUUAUUCAUAAUAAACUAUUUUUUGUAGGUACAUAUUGUAGAUAACAGUCUUUAUUUAGUGAAUGCUAUUGCAUAUUUAUAGUUAUAUAUUUAUAUGUAACAAUAAUUAUAUACUUUAAAUUAAAACUCUACAAAUAAUUUUUAUGAAUUUUGUUAAAAUAUAUUUUUUAAUUGUGAUAUUUUCAAAAAAAAAAAAAAAAAGAAAUCAAAAUUAGAAAAUAAUAAAAAAAAAUAGUAGAACAAAUUAGUGAAAAUUUGUCAAAUUAAAAAAUUAUUAUAAUAUGGUUAAAAGAAUAAUGCGCAUUGUUGUACAUAUUAUAUAAUUGUAAAGUUAAUUAAAAUUUUCCUAUUUACAUAUAUAUAAAAAUAUUAUUAAUGAAAUUUAAAUAAUUUUGUGUACAUUAAUUUGUUAAAAAUCUGGUCACAUAAUUUUAACACCCUUAUUGUUUAUCAAAAUAAAUGCUAUAUAAAAUAU